CAUACGGAAAGUGAAAGUAUGAAGAAACAAGCCAGGGUUUAUACGUCGGCUAAUGGUUGCACUAGACACACACACACUGUCUGUUACUUUUGCGGUUCCGACUGGGAAACUCUCACCGCGAGGACAAUCACCAAAGAUAUGCUUUAGAUACACAUGGUAUUAAGUACUGCAGUGAGUAAACCACAACAAAUGUAAAUGACAAUGGCCUCAUUUAGAAUCCUGUUGCGGCUGCUGAUGGCAGUUUACAUUUGUGGUCAAAAUGUAGAAAAUGCAUUCGUGAGGGUGGACUGCAAGGAGAACAUAGGCCGAUUCAAUGAACCAUCUAUCUUAGACUGCAUGAUCAAGCCGACACAGAAGUUGGAAGACUUGACAGUGAACGAAGUCGUUUGGAGAAAAGAUAACAAGGCCGUGCUGGUUUUUAUUGGUAAAAAAGUAAAGGAGUUGACGAAGGGCUAUUCGUUUGCGGAGCCGUCAUUCAACAGCAAGUCAUUGAACAUAUCAAUGCUCAUCGCAAACACUGCCGUGUCAAACCAUGGCAAUUACACAGUCUCUGUGGGAACUGACAGAGGGAACAUCGAAAGCUCAGCCAGCCUUGAUGUCACAGCCAAAUACAAAACACCCAUCAUCCUAUCAGCCCCAGCAAACGGCACCCGAAACUCACAAGUCACCCUUACAUGUCGCUCAGAAGGCGGCUAUCCAAAGGGGCAACUGAGCUGGUCUAUUGGUGAUGACGUGCAGCAGAACAUAAAUACUGUGGCCAAGGAGAUGGAAACUGGACUGUACAGUCUGUCCAGUGAGCUGACUUUCUGGCUUGGGCAGGACCCUUCCAAAAUCAAAUGUGUGGUAUUCAACGCCAAUGGCGGCAAAGACUACGAGGCCAUAGUGACGAUUGCAAACCCAAGCCAUUUUGCAGGUCGGGCAGAAAAAACAGAGAGAGGCUUGGAUGUUGCUACCAAAGUAGUAGCCCCUGUGGUGGUCAUUGGGUCGCUUGUUGUAGGAUUGCUGCUGUUCCUGGUGUUAAAAAUCAAGUGCCUUAACUUGUUUCACAGAUCGGAUCGUCAACCUGAAACACUUCCAGAACAAGGUUCAACACAGGAUAAUCUUUUAGACAACCCUGAAUGCCAAGAGACCACAGCAUGAGACACUACAUACCACAAAGUACUACCAACAGGAAUCAGAAGUCAGCAUUGUUCUCCACCCUCCACCAUUGAUGGCUAUUUCCGCUCUGUAAAUUGUUGUACAGUGUUGUAACGAGUCUUCAGCUGAGCUGCAGUUUAUUAAUUUCACUGAAUGAUAGUAAGAUACAGGAAAUUGAAUCUCAUUGGGUAAAAGAUAACAAGGGUGCUACAUUGCAAUCUGUGGUGAUAAUUGUAAUUAAUUUGAAGUGUUUGUGAACCGAUUACUGUAAAUGAGAGGCAAUGUGCAAAACUGAUUGCUCGCGGUCAUUGUUUAUUUGUAAACUAGUAUUUUGCUCUUGGAUUCUGUGCGCAUCCUGACUGCCCAAUGACCCGAGCAUUUGACCCCCCCCCGUCAUGUGGAUGGAUUGGGCGUCAAGCACCGUCAAUGCAGCCUUAGAGUUAAUUGAGACACUAUUAUGGUGGAAGAUUUUGGUACCAAAUUGUUGGUUCAUUUUUAUGUAUUUUUUUUAGACAUCGACACCUUUUUAAAACGAUAUUUCGAUUGUUGGCAGGAUCAUAUCGAUAACCUUUUGGGAUACAAAGUAUCACGAUAUAUCACCAUUUCGAAAUAUUGUCACACCCCUACUGUCACACAAAAAAAAACCCUCAAAUGCCAGUAAAUAAUCUCGUUUUUCAUGAAUUUACUAUGGCCUUCAGGAGUUUUAAUUGGAAAAUGGCUGCUACGUAAAUUCUUUGCAGAUAUUUACAAAAUAUGCCUUUGCUGUUUACUUACACGAACAAACCUAAUAUGGGUAGAACUAUUGUAAAUUUGUUCCCAGUAUUAAAACGUGCUGAAUUUGAGCCUGAGAUAGUCCUGAUUUCCUUUUCAAGAUUAUACCAUUUUGCUUAUUUGUUAAUGAUUAUUUUCCCAAAAGCAAAAAGUAGCAAAACCACCUUGGCAGCUGAAGUGAAAUAGAAACCAAUGAGAAAUUGUUGAACGUACUCAUGAAAUUAGUAAUAUUUACGCUGAUUGUGUUUGCUUGUAUGCAUGUGUGUGUGUGAUGUAAAUUCUAUUGCUCUUUCAGCAUACCUACAUAUGUUGCACCAGAUGAUAAGAAAGACCAAAAAAGAAGCCUCAUCUGUGUGUUCCGCCCCAAUUUUUCCAGCCCACUCAAAAAAGUCAGGAAUUUCCGGACCUUCAUUUUAUAUUUGUAUCCCUUUCAUUCUCCCAUCAAAAGCAUCAUCAUCAUCACAUACUGUAUCACGUGCAUGGAAAUCAUUAUGUAUCUUUUUUUGUUUGUUUGUUUGUUUCUUUUAAAAAUUUCAAUUCAAGCCCUUCAAGUGGACCAUAGUAAAAUGUAAGUAUUAAAUUAUACUCUUCAGAAUAAGUGUUUUGUCAUGCCUUGAGUUAAAUUGGUUUAGGUUUGUAGGUUUGGUAGGUUUGCUCCUUGUGUCUCGACUAAUCCGCUGCCUCUUGUAUCACCCACCUGUGCCUCAUUGUCUCGUUACCCCUUGUCUGUAUUUAAGAUCCCCAUGUGCUUUCUGUUCUUGUUGCGUCAUUCUGUUCUCACCACAUGUCCGUGUCCAUGCUCCCUUUGUGCCUGUAUCCCAGUAAAUUUCAUACCCAGUCUUUUGUUUGAAUUUGGUUUGUACUUGCAUUUUGGGGCUCUUGUUUGUAUUUUGAGUUUUGUCACUAAAAUUAACAAUUUUUUUUUGUUUAUCACCACCCUGACUUGCCGCCUUUUGUUUUCCCUGCGUUUGGGUCCACCUCGUCCUUGAUCCCCUUACAUGUUUAUUAUGGUUCUAGUCUAAAUGAUUCUGCGUAAUUAAGGGCAGGAAGAGGUCAUUGUCAGCAAUAACAUGUCAUGUAAAUUACACAGGCCAAAGGCCAGUAUUCUCACUUUUUGAUUGUAAAGUCAAUGAUUUAUUUUUUUUUUUUACUUUACUAAUUCUCUUUGAAGAAGAUUUAUAUGUUCAUGUGCUUGUUUGUGACCAAUGUACAGUUUCAGAUGUAUUCUUUGAUUUUAUGUGAACAACUUAACGCAAAAUUAAUAAAAUGAAAGUGUGUGUCCCAUUGUUCCUUA